GGACGCGAUGUUGAGGCAUGUAGUUAUGCAGGCGAUUCGAUCGAUCUGGGACUCAGGGCGGCCUUUGGACAGCCAUGCGGAUUCAGACUUCCACUGGCCGCAGAGCAUCUGGCGUCGUUUCCCCAGGGUCAAGCGACGCAACUCGUAGCCAUCUGAGCCAAAGCCGCGUGGGCGAAAUUGAAAUGUAUUGGCAGUUGAAAUGUAUUAUUAGUCCAAAGGCAAGCUGCAUGGGAUUGAGUGUAAAAGCACAUGUUGCGUUGUUGGUAUUCAGCGUGGCUGGUGCCAGUGCUUGUUCCAAUUUUGCGAUGGAUAACGAUUUCCGAAUCUCUGUGAGGACUAUGGACCUCAGGGCCCUUCCUGCGGUCCAAUGGACCAUUGCAACGAAGCCGCAGGGGAGCAAGGGGCUCAGGGCAUCGAAGCAUGGCUACGCUGCGUUCAUAUUGGCGCUCGGGCAGAUCGAGUAUGACAGCAUCGUGGUUGGAGGUCUGAACGACGCUGGAUUAUCAUGUGACCUCCAAACGCUUCUUGGUACUGAGUACCCCCCGCACAACACGAGCACGGAUAACAUCGCUGCAUCUCAGUUCUGUCGUUGGGCCUUGGAGGGGCACGGGUCCAUCGCUGAACUGAAAGCGGGCCUACCUAGUGUCAAUUUUGUCGCGCCCCCCAUCACGGAACCGAUCGGAGCUGCGCAUUGGGUGUUUCGAGACGCCAAUGGUAAGGGCGUCGUCGUCGAAUUCUUAGAAGGCCAGAUGAAAGUGUUUGAUGAUAACAACGACGCAGGCCAGACGGGCUUUGGGAUUAUGACGAAUGAGCCCCGGUUUGAAUGGCAGUUGCAGGCCGUGUGGCAUUUGAAGUGGAAGCAAAGCCUCGCGCGUCCUUCUGUCUCGAUGCCUGGAUCUUGGUAUCCCGACGAACGCUUCGAGCGCAUAUAUUUAGUCAAAUCUGGCAUGCCAGCGCCGAAGGAAUAUCAGGAAGCGGUGAUGCAGGCAGUGCAUGUCCUGAACACUAUCACAGUACCGAUGGGCAAUCAAAUUGGAACCGAUUCUGGUACUGGAGAAGGUCGAGGGGACCACACUCAGUGGGGCGUUGUUUAUGACCAUAAACGGAAAAUCAUGUAUUGGCGAUCCCAGGCAAACCAAAACAUGCAACGUCUCCGCCUUGCUGACGCGGAAAUUGCGAUAGGUAUGAAGGAGCGCUACUUGGCCGUUGAAAGCCCUCGGCUUCCUUGGUACAACGAUGCAUCCCUCGAUUUCUCAUAUGAUCAAUUGCAGGCAGUCGUGUGAGUCCCGCGGGAGGCAUUGUGUUUCGCGUUCGCCCACGGCUCUGAGUUGGAGCCGAAUGGUCAUCUGGAUACUUUUGGUUCUCUCCAGUAUGUCUCCCAGCCGACUGUGUCUCACCGACAAGGAGGAAGAUUCUCAUGGAUGCGAUCGCAUGGCACACGCCGUCGCUAAGCUAAAUCCAGAGUUGCAUCUGAGAUGCCUCCAGCGAGUCACCGGCGCAGCAGGCUUUCUCGGCAACGUUCAUGUAGAAACGAUUGGGCUACAGUUCCGACAAGCUACCAGGCUGGUUGUGUCUUCCCCCAGUCUGUGUGGAAACAAUUCGGCCAGCAUUGAGAGACAAUGCCGCCUGAUGCGUGGGUAUGUGCGAC